AAGUGUUUUUGUUGUAGCUAAUAGCUCCUCUGUUGCAGUGAUGGCGGAGGGCAGGAGUGGAGACGAUAUCGUGUCAGAGUUUCUCCAACAGAACCCUCACCUGGCACAGUGGGUAGAGUCUCUGGCGGGGGAGAGCGAGACAGAGAAGCAGUGGAGCGCCCGGCGAGAGUUCAUCUUCCGUAACAUGGAGGGCUUUCCCACCAUCCAGCCAGGCAGCCCCAGCCCCAGCCUGGACCGGCUGAUCUCGCUCUCCAUGGUCUGGGCUAACCACAUCUUCCUGGGCUGCCGCUACCCCCAGCCAGUGAUGGACAAGAUAACCGAGAUGGCAGAAGGGAUUGCUGUCCACAACGCUCCCACCCACAAGACUAGAGACGAGAUAAUGGGCACGAGUAAAGAUGCCUCCAAGAAGCUGAAACCAGGAGUUGGUUACAGAGCCAAAACUGGGCCUUCGCUACAGGCCCCCAAGGAGCACCAGCCUUUCUUCAACCGGCUGUACAAGGCAAUUGCCUGGAAGCUGGUGUCAGCAGGGGGGUUUGGGCCAAACAUAGACCACUUUGAGAUCCUGCGGACCUGCGUGGAGUCCGCCAAGGCCAGCCUGGGCUGUGUUUUUGUGCCCCUGAAGGAUAUCCCAGACCUGCCGGCAGGCCGGGCUCAGCAGGGGGGGCUGGUGUGUGAGCUGCGCUGUCAAACAGUGUACCUGGGAACCGGCUACGGGCGCGGAGAGGACAGUGCCAGGGCCAUGGCAGCCAAAGAGGCUCUGAAGCUCUUCCAGAGCCGCAAGGUCACGGUAAAGAUCUUCCGCCGGAAGUACAGAGGCCGUGAUGUGGAGGAUUUAGUGCUGCACGACGACCAAAUGAGGAACUCUAGCUUUCCCCCUGCGCUGAGCUACCCCUUUGAUCCAGAGUAGCAACAGCUGCAGACUCCAGUCCUUUGGAACAGCAGGAAACACACACACACCUACCUAGAGUUACAAAGAGCUUACAAGCUCUUCCUUGGGGCUCACUUACCCUUAUGAGGCACAGCAAAUGAAUACAAGGCAUUUAGUAAUGCUUUGUAACUCUCUUUGUUCCUCCUUAGAUUUUCCCCGGUUCAAGUUUCAGCCAGGUUGUGUAUCUUGCCAUCUAUUGCACACAGAACACUUACAGCAGACUAGGAGAAGGCAGGGAGUUUUGAUUUCACAUUCCCUUUAACUGCGAUUCCUUUUGAGAAAUAAUGCAGUCAUCAGGAAGAAUAAAUCAACAAGCACUACUUAACUGUAAUGCCUUCCUGUUUACCAGUGGAAAGUGUAAUCCAGGCUGCAGUCGGCUCUUAGUCCUUUGCUGGAUAACUUUUAAUACUCAUGACUGCUGUGAAGAAUUAAGUGAUAUUUCAGCUCAUAUGUUUUAGGAAAGUUUCCCCAGUUUAUCUUAACAUGUAGAUAACACAAAACUUGUUAUAGUUUUUUUUUUUUUUUUGUUAAUGUAAAAGUGAAGAAGUUUAAGUUUUAACUGAAUGGGAGGGAAUGUUUCAAACCAGACAAAUGUAAAGUGUGUGUGUGUGUUUUUUUUUUUCUUUUUUUAAUCAAAAUUGGCAUCUCAUUUGGAAUAAGCUACAUCUCCCCUGUACACACAUUUGGUGAUUCAGAAUUGGUUUGUUCUUGCUUAAAUGUUUCAGUAAGACUUCUAGUUAAUUUUGAGUGAAUUUAAGUACUUUUAGAACUAGUUCAUUCUGGAUGUAUUUAUUUUAUGAUUGUAUUUUUUAUUUAGGUAUUUAAAUGAAUCCUCCAGACUUUUUUCUGUUUCGGUACUCACAGAGUGAGCCUGUUGGCCCCACUUGAACAGAUUUUCAAGAAAGCUGGACCAGUUUUAGCAGAGCACACAGAUCGGAAGCAUGUGUACCUCUCUCUCAUUUUAAAAUAAAAGGUGUGAUAAAAGUUUGAGGAGUUGUGUUAAAGUUCAAGGAUGCUUGGCCUGCAGGCUUACCAAGGUGCAUGAGUUCAGCUUCGCCCUUUACCUCUCAGAAACAGUCGCACGCUCCACAAGCUCAACGCCAAAUCCAAGCCCGGCAAAUAAAACACUGGCGCUCGUCUACAUCAACACAUUGUUAUUGUGUUUUGCUGUGAUUGGACACACACAUCAGCAGGAUUUUCUUUUACCUCUAUAGAAAAUCUACAGAAUCACCACUAGAAGGCGGCACAAGCUUAAGAACCAAUACAGAAAAAAAGGAAAAAACUGUCUAGAGGCCAAAACUGCUCCGUAUUGUCAACGACUCCAAAUGACAGCACCUCCAAGGCUUAAGGCUUGCUUGCAGGGUAAUAUAGGGAAGUUUUGCCAGUUCUAAAAUAAAA